CCGCAGCAGCCGCAGCAGAAGCGGCUCCAGGAUGGUGAGCGCCGCUGCCCCCCAGCCCUGGCCUGUCGCCCCCGGCCCGCGCCCCCGCCCCGGUCCCUGGGCCGGACGCCCUCCCAGGCCGCGCACGCUCACCUAGGACCCGGCCGGGAUGCCGAGCUCUGUCAAAGAUGCACUGGACACAGGAGCACGCCCAGCCCCUCAACCAGUGGCCAGAGCAGCACCUGGACGUCUCCUCCACCACGCCGUCGCCGGCUCACAAGCUGGAGCUGCCCCCGGGGGGUCGCCAGCGCUGCCACUACGCCUGGGCGCACGACGACAUCUCCGCCCUCACUGCCUCCAACCUUCUCAAACGUUACGCAGAGAAGUAUUCGGGGGUCCUGGACUCGCCCUACGAGCGCCCCCCCCUGGGCGGCUACGGCGACGCCACCUUCCUCAACGGCGCCAAGGCGGACCCCGAGCCCUGGCCGGGGCCCGAGCCGCCCUAUCCUUUGGCCUCGCUCCACGAGGGCCUCCCGGGAACCAAGUCGGGCGGCGCGGGCGGUACCGGGGGCCUCGCGGGUUCCCCGGUUUUAGCGGGGAACUUGCCUGAACCCCUGUACGCCGGCAACGCCUGCGGGGCCACGUCGGCGGCGCCCGAGUACGCGGCCGGCUACGGCGGCGGGUACCUGGCGCCCGGUUACUGCACGCAGACCGGGGCCACGCUGCCCCCGCCGCCCCCGCCGCCCCCGGCCGCGCUGCUGCAGCCCCCGCGCCGCCGCCCCCCGCCGGGGUACGGCCCCUCGGGGCCGCUCUACAACUACCCCGCGGGCGGCUACGCGGCGCAGCCCGGCUACGGCGCCCUCCCGCCGCCCCCGGCCGCGCCGCCGGCCCCCUACCUGACCCCCGGCCUCGCUGCGCCCACGCCCCUGCCCGCGCCCGCGCCGCCUCGGCCGGCGCCCGCUUCCUAUGGCUUCCAGGCGGCUGCUCCCGGCGCAGAGGCCGGAGUGUCGCUGAAGCGCAAGGCUGCCGACGAGGGCGCGGACGGCCGCUACCGCAAAUACGUGUACGAGCCCGCCAAAGCUCCCGCGGCCGACGGCGCCCCCUACCCCGCCGCGGACAACGGCGAAUGUCGGGGCAACGGGUUCCGGGCCAAGCCGCCGGGAGCCGCGGAGGAAGCGUCGGGCAAGUACGGCGGCGGCGUCCCGCUGAAGGUUCUGGGCUCCCCGGCCUACGGCCCCCAGCUCGAGCCCUUCGAUAAGUUUCCAGAGCGGGCCCCGGCGCCGGCUGCCCGCGGCGGCUUCGCGGUGCCGUCGGGGGAGCCUCCCAACGGCGUGGACCAGAGCGCGCUGGAGCUGGUGACGAGCAAGAUGCUGGACUGCGGCCCGCCGGUGCAGUGGGCAGACGUGGCGGGCCAGGGCGCGCUCAAGGCGGCGCUGGAGGAGGAGCUGGUGUGGCCCCUGCUGCGGCCGCCCGCCUACCCGGGCAGCCCGCGCCCGCCGCGGACCGUGCUGCUCUUCGGGCCGCGCGGCGCGGGCAAGGCACUGCUGGGCCGCUGCCUGGCCACGCAGCUGGGCGCCACGCUGCUGCGGCUGCGCGGGGCGGCGCUGACCGCGCCGGGCGCCGCGGAGGGCGCGCGCCUCCUCCAGGCCGCCUUCGCGGCCGCGCGCUGCCGCCCGCCCGCGGUGCUGCUACUCAGCGAGCUGGACGCGCUGCUGGCCGCCCGCGACGACGGCGCGCUGCAGGCGCCGCUGCUGGCCUGCCUGGACGGCGGCUGCGGCGCGGGGGCCGACGGCGUGCUGGUGGUGGGCACCACCGCGCGGCCCGCCGCCCUGGACGAGGCCACCCGCCGGCGCUUCGCGCUCCGCUUCUACGUGGCGCUGCCCGACGGCCCGGCCCGCGGGCAGAUUCUGCGGCGGUCGCUGGCCCAGCAGGGUUGCGCGCUGAGCGAGCGGGAGCUCGCGGCCCUGGUGCAGGGCACGCAGGGCUUCUCCGGGGCCGAGCUGGGGCAGCUGUGCCAGCAGGCGGCGGCCGGAACGGGCCUGGCGGGGCUGCAGCGCCCCCUUUCCUACAAGGACUUGGAGGCGGCGCUAGCCAAGGUGGGCCCCCGGGCCUCCCCGAAGGAACUGGACUCGUUCGUGGAGUGGGACAAGAUGUACGGCUCCGGACACUGAAGGAGCGCGCGGGAGACCGCGGGCGCCGCCACCGCUUGCGGGGAAAGCCGUUGGCCAAAGUGGGCUGGGGAUGGGGGGUGCUUUGCGGGUGGAUUUCAUUUUUGGGGGAAGGAGGACGCUUCUUCCAGGCAGGUCCAGAUGCCAGAUGCGCUGUGUACUCAGGUUUUUUUUUUUUUUUUUUUUCUUUCCUAUUUAUUGUGGAAGGGAGGCUCGCCAUCUCCGCUGGCGAUGGGGCGGACCCGCACGGGGCCGGCACCCCUGCCACAAUUCCUUUUUGCCUCCUGGCCCUCUGAAUGGCACCCUGCACCCCUCCGCUUUCUCUGCAGUCGCUUUGUCGCUGGCCCUGUUUCUCUUGCGCCUUGUUGUCGUUGUCUCUCCCGCGCCUCUGCCGCUGUCCCUGGCCCCCUGGUUCUGACUCAGUGUCCCUGAGCCGGGAGAUCCAGAGGCCCCGGGACUGGGGAGGGAGGGGAGGGCGGGAAACUUCCCUCCCACCUCCUUAUCUCUCACUCAGCCGGGAUGAAAAAAAACAAAAACACACCCAAAGCCCAAAGAAGUUUUUUUUUGUUUGUUUGUUUUGUUUUGUUUUGAGGAGAAAUCCCAGAGAUGUAGCUUCUUUAUUUUAGGCCUCUUAAUUUUUGUAAGAUGUGUAGCGUUUGCUGUUUUUCUUUUGACAACUCAGGAAGAAACUGACCUCAGAAAGAAUGUUGGACUUUGGCUGCUGGUAGCCGGCUUGGGGCAGGGGCAGGGGCGGGGCAAAACCCGGAGCUCUUCCGGGGCAGAGACAGAAUGUAUUCCUCAGGGCUUCCUCCCCAAGUCCCCACGGGCGGUAGGCAGGGGUGUGUGUGUGGGGGGGGCUGCCGGGUGGUCUUCAGAGGGGGUGGGGCUUGCUCCCUGCCUACUGCUCCCCCCACCCCUUGCCGCAGCCUAGUAUCUCCUGGGAAAGGGUUAAUCCAGAGUUGGGAUGCCCCUUGUCCAUGGCCUGCUCCUGGCCCAGCAAGUGGGCUAAGAGGGCCCCAAUGGCCAAGGGGAUGAAGGCAAAAAGUCCCCAGAGAGGCCAUCUCACCCGGGGGCCCUGCCUAAGCAGAGGGCCUCCAGUCACCUGAGCUAGGAGGAUCCCCUGGGCAGGGAAGACUGCCAGCCCUCAGCUGCCUUCCCUGUGUGUGUGUGUGGGGGGGCUUGUGCAACCCUCACUGGGCCCCUCAGAGCCCCAGCUCUGAGAUGCAGGUGAGGCAAGAGACGGGCACCGUGCAGGAUUCAGCCGCGGUCCCGCCCACACUUCCCCCAGGCCUGGAGCCCUUUUCUCUGAGAGCCCUAGCCCUCUCCUUCCCCGUGCCACCUGGGCAGGCACCCCUACUCUGUUUCACACCUCUGAGCUUUGGUCCAAGGGGGCGCCUCCUCUUCCCUCCCCCAGCCCAGCCUCUCUCCCUUGCCCCUGACUGCCCAUGGAGCUCCUACAGAGUCUACCGCCUCCCCCUCCUGGCAGGGAGGGUGUCCCUGGGGGACAUUCCAGGUGCCAAGGUGCUGAGGGCCCAUGCUGGCCCGGGAGCGCUGUCAGGAAAGCUGCUUGCUUUUCCCUCUUGGUCUCUUCCAAACCCUCUCUCUCCCGGGAGUCAGCCGGGUGCAGAGGGAGCGUGCGGUGAGCGAGGGGUUCUCUCUCAGGUGUGUGUGCGCGCGCGCGUGCGCUCUCGCGCAGGGGGCGGGUGGGCGGAGCCAGUCAAGAAGAAGGGUUGGGAUCCGUGUCUUCUAGAGGCAGACAGCUCCGGGGGUAGACAGGGGCUCACUGACCAAGACCCAGGCUGCUCUCCCGGGCUCUUCCUGUUCCCCAGGCCUGGGGGACUUUGCACAAGGAGACAGCCCCCAGGCUACCGGUACCUACCUCCUAGACACCAAGGUAGUAGGGAAAGGGCAGGUUCA